AAAUAGUUUCAGUGGUUCAUUAUAAAACGCAAAGUAACUUAGAUGUUUCGGAAAAAAUGAACAAGUAAUAUGUGCUAUUGUGUAAGAUUUGUUUAUUUAUUUAUUAAAGGCCUCAUUAGUAUACUUAAUAUAGAAAAAUUAAUGGGGAGGGUGUUUUUAAUUUUAAUUAGGGGGCAUUUCGGAAAAAAUGAAGAAAAAAUCAACAGAAAAUUAUGACGGGCUACCAUAUAUAACAACACUAUUGACCAUAAGUUUAUGGACAUUGUAUGGAAUUCUGGAUCCAGACGAUGGUAUCCUAAUUACCACUGUAAAUAGUGUUGGCGUUGUCUCUCAACUCUUAUAUGUCUGUCUCUCUUUCUCUUCCAUGCUCCUGUUUACACCUAUUUUUGCCAAGUUUUGUCGACAGGUUAAAUCAAUGAGUUUGUUGGGAAUACUAGUAGGAGUGUUGGGGACAGUAAUAGCAGUGACUCGUCUAGCAUUCCAUGGGAGUGCUCGCCGCACUUUUGUUGGAGUUCUAUGUGCAACUCUUACCAUUGUCAUGUAUAUGCUGCACGUCUUAAAGUCAUGUUGCUCUUUACUCGUCUUAUUUGAUCUGUUUCAAAUUAUUAUUAUUAUUAUUUUAACAGGAAUGAAAAGCAUGGAGUACAUGCCAUUCUUCCCCUCAUUUUCCUUGUUUCUCUAUGUCAGUGUUUGGUUUACUUUCAGCAUGCUAGUCAAAGAUAACUAUGUUCUAGUGCCAAAUGCAGUUGGAAUUGUGUUGGGCUUGGCUCAGUUGAUUGUCUAUAUGAUCUACAAGAACAAGUCAUCAUUGUCAAUACUGAAGUCAAUGUCGGCUGAAGAGGGCAUCAAGAUGCAAGAUUUUGAGAAUGAUGAUGAAGCUUAA